AAUAAAUAACACUAAAUGAGAAACCGGUACAUUAGCUACCAAGUCUCCCAUAGUCAAGCUCAGUUAAUUUUUGAUUGCUCUGGCGAAUGGUUUAUCACAAUAUUACUCUCGCUACAACUAAUUCAAGCCAAAUACAAAAAAAUAUAUCUACAUACGUCUGUAUCCAACUUAAAUCAACCACUUCGCUCAAUGUUGCUUUUCGCUUUCAUUAUUGCUGUGAUUUCAAUUGCGGCCUGGCUCUAUAAGCUCAAUCGAGAUUAUUGUGUAAUGGCAUUUUUUGCCAAACGCUUAAAGACAAUAGACGGCACACCGCUUGAGAACAUUGUGCCGCAGGCAAAUGCAGAGACAAUUUUCGCAAAUGUGUUCGAUUGUUUUGGUGCUGAUAAUGUUGCACUAUUUGAGAGCUCUCGUAUUUCAGCAGCCAAUUUGGGAAAAAGCUACGUAGAAUACGGAUUAUUUACGACUUUUUAUAACGUAAUUACCGCCGAAGAUGCUGAGCUAUUGUUAAAUGAUAAAAAUUUAAUUACAAAAGGCAUAGCAUACUAUUUUCUAGAGCCAUUUUUACAUACUGGCCUACUGACAUCAACAGAUAAAAAAUGGCAAACGCGCAGAAAAUUAUUGACACCUGCUUUCCAUUUCGAUAUACUCGGACACUUUGAGGAGGUUUUCAAGGAGGAGAGCCAGAAAUUCGUCGAUCAACUUAAUACAGUCGAUACAAACUCAGUCCUUUUGAAUGAAAUAAUACCAAAAUUUACAUUAAACAGCGUUUGUGAGGCUGCUCUGGGUGUCAAAUUAGACGAGCAACUGGAUGAUGAGCAAUAUCGUGCGAGUUUUAAAAUGAUCGAAGAAGGAUUUAUUGCACGUAUUAGGAAUCCAUUCUAUAUGAUCGACGCCAUUUAUAAUAUAUUUAUGGCACCAAAAAUGGAAAAACACUUGAAAACCGUACAUGGAUUCUCCAGCAAUAUAAUUCACAAGCGGCGUCCACUUUUUGCAGCAGAGUUGGAGCAAAGUUCCAAAAAUGGAGUCAUUGAGCAGGACACUGGGUUUAUCAAGAAAAAGCGCUACGCCAUGUUGGAUACACUCUUACACGCCGAGCGCGAUGGACUUAUCGAUCAUGCGGGUAUAUGCGAGGAAGUGGAUACAUUCAUGUUUGAGGGUUUCGACACUACAUCAAUGGCACUGAUAUUUACUCUAAUGAACCUAUCGCUGUAUCCCGAAAUGCAGGAACUGUGCUAUCAAGAGAUACUUGAACAUGUCGAAGAUGAUCUUAGUAAACUGAAUAUAAAUCAGUUGGGUAAACUUAAGUACCUGGAGUGUUUUAUUAAGGAAACUUUACGUCUUUACCCCUCGGUGCCGGGUAUAAUGCGUAAAGCGAUACGGGAUACAUUUCUUUCUAAUAAUGUCUUUCUACCCGCGGGCACACAAAUCUCCAUACACAUCUUCGAUAUACAACGCAGUCCUAAGUACUAUAAUGAUCCGAAUAUGUUCGACCCGACACGUUUUACAGCUGAAAACUCCAAAGGUCGGCACCCAUACGCGUUUCUGCCCUUUAGCGCUGGUCAGCGAAAUUGCAUAGGCCAAAAAUUCGCCAUGUUGGAGAUGAAAACCUUAUUAGUUUUUAUGUUAAAGAAGUUCAAAGUAGUGGCCUUAAUGGAUCCAAAAGACUUACGCUUUGAAACGGGCAUUAUCAUAAGAACAGCUAACGAGAUUAAAGUAAGACUGCAGAAAAGGGUUUAAGCAAAUAAUUUUUAUUUGAAAAUCCCUUAACUUUUGGGUAUAAAGAACAACGAUUAUAAAAUCGUUCACAGCUACAUAAAUAAAGUACGGAAUAAGUCCAAGUCUAUACUUACCCUUGAAACAUUUAAGUUAAGUGAAUGUAAUCAAUAACAAAAAGCAAAUAAGGAACAAAAUCGCGUUAAAAAUGUAGACGUUUAAUUUCCUCAAAAAUAUGGUUUCAGGCAGAGUUAGAGAUGGCGCCACGCUAUAAACGGUCAGAGAGACUAUGGCGAUUUUACGUGACUUCUUCGCUAACAAACUGAUAAGCCGUUUUCGUGACAUAUCCUCGCCACUCAGAUCGCCCCACAUUACCGGAAUGAACUUUUUUCUAUGGGGGUACCUCGAAAGUAAAGUCUAUGAAACAAACCCAGCGACCAUCUCAGCACUGAAAGAAAAUAUCGUUCGCGAAUUUAAUGACAUUCCGACAUCACUUAGUUUAGCGAGUGGUAUGGAGUAUAGAGGCCAGAUUGCAAGAGUAUAUCCGACGUAACGGCCGACAUUUAGAGGAAAUCAUUUUUGAAAAAUAAAAUCCGCACUUGUCUUUUAGUAGUUACUGAAACAAACUUUUAUCAUUAGUAAUAAUUUUUUAAUUUAGCUUUUAGUUCCUAAUUCAGUCACCGAACACCCUAUAAAUGGGUAUUUUUCGUACUGUAAUACAUUGAGUAAGUAGUUAAGGUAGAUACUAGGUAGAUAGUUCAAGAUACAUUAAACAGGUAGUAGCAUUUCAUUUCAUUUCAUUUCAUUUAUUGCCCAAAAUCAUUUUAACAUAGAAGUUUACAAAGUUAUGAUAAAAUUAGAUUAUUUAGCAUUAUCCUAACAUACAUUUGUAU